ACGAGCUUUGGUUCAUAUGUAUCUCUUCUGCUGGAAAUAUUAAUUAAAGAUCAUUCAUAUUUUUCCUCAAGGAUUUUUUGGAGGAAAAGUGUGCAGUGGGCAAAAACAAAUCUUAGUUUGGAGAUUGAAAGGAGCGGGGCAUGUGGAUAUUGGCCAUCAUCUUUUUCCAGUGCAUUUUGAAUGUUCUCAGUGAAGACCUACAUUCCAGCUUGUAUUUUGUCAAUGCAUCUCUGCAAGAGGUAGUGUUCGCCAGCACUACGGGGACUCUGGUUCCCUGUCCUGCAGCAGCGGUGCCGCCUGCCACCCUGCGCUGGUAUCUGGCCACCGGCGAGGAGAGCUACAAUGUCCCAGGGAUACGCCAUGUCCACCAAAACGGCACCCUCCAGAUCUUCCACUUUCCUCCGUCCAGCUUUAGCAAAGUGAUCCAUGACAACACUUACUAUUGCACAGCGGAAAAUCCUUCAGGGAAAAUCAGAAGCCAAGAUGUUCAUAUUAAAGCAGUCUUACGAGAGCCCUAUACGGUCCGUGUGGCGGACCAGACCGCAAUGAGAGGCAGUGUAGCGGUCUUCAAGUGCAUUAUUCCUUCCUCAGUGGAGAACUACAUCACUGUUGUGUCAUGGGAGAGAGACACUGUACCACUCGUCUCAGGGGCUCGAUUUCUUAUAACGUCCACGGGAGCCCUGUACAUCCUGGAUGUUCAGAAGGAGGAUGAAUUAUUCAAUUAUCGCUGCAUGACGAGACAUCGCUACACGUCAGAGACCAGACAGAGCAACAGCGCACGGCUCUUUGUUCCAGAUCCCACAAACUCUGCACCUGCGAUCCUCGAUGGGUUUGAGAAAUGGGAGGUCAUGGCAUCACACAGGGUGGAGCCGUGCAAGGCCUCGGGACACCCUGCGCCAAAAUACCGCUGGCUGAAAAACAACAGACCCUUAGAACCAGAUCCCCGUUUCCGUCAGAGCAUUACAGGCCUGCUGAUCGAGAGAGCCCAGCCCAGUGACACCGGCAGCUACAUGUGUGAGGUGUGGAACAGCUAUGGAAAUGCAGAGGUCAUAGGUCGCCUCACAGUAAAAGAACCUCUGAAGGUGGUGGUCAGCCCUCGAAAGGUGAAAGGCAGUGUGGGUAGCCAGGUUUCACUCACCUGCAGUGUAACUGGCUCAGAUGAGUUCGAUCUUUCGUGGUAUCGCAAUGGUGACAAGAUCAGCACCGGCGCCAAUGUGCGAAUGAAUGGAAUCAAUAAGGAAAACCUAGUGAUGGAUGGAAUGGCGAAGAGUGAUGGAGGAGCGUACCAGUGCUUUGCCAGGAAGGCCAAGAUGUCAGCUCAGGAUUUUGUACAAGUCAUUUUAGAAGAUGGAACCCCUAAGAUCCUCUCUGCCUUCAGCGAGAAAGUGGUCAGCCCGAACGAGUUUGUCUCACUAAUGUGCCACGUAAAGGGAACUCCGCAGCCAGCAGUCACAUGGACUCUGGACGAUGAUGUGGUCAUGAAGGACAGUCGGCACCGCUUAGGUCACAGCAUAACGGCGGAGGGCAACGUGGUCAGCUACCUGAACAUCUCGCACACCCAGGUCCGCGACAGUGGGGUCUAUCGCUGCACCUGCAACAACUCGGCAGGGACGGUCUCCUACCAGGCUCGAAUAAACGUAAGAGGUGCUGCUGACAUACGCCCAAUGAAAAACCUCACAGCUAUAGCUGGGCGGGACAUGUACAUUCACUGCCAUGUGAUUGGUUACCCAUACUACUCCAUCAAAUGGUUCAAGAACUCCAACCUUCUUCCUUUUAAUGACCGUCAACGGGCGUUCGAGAACAAUGGCACGCUAAAGCUGCUGAAUGUGCAGAAAGAGCUGGAUGAGGGCGAGUAUUGCUGCCACGUGCUCGUUCAACCACAGCUGUUCAGGAACCAGAGCGUCCACGUCACUGUGAAAGUGCCUCCCUUCAUCCAACCUUUCGAGUUCCCACGGUAUUCCAUCGCCCAUCGCGUCUUUGUACCUUGCGUUGUGCGGUCAGGUGACCUCCCUAUCUCUAUUACCUGGGAGAAGGAUGGAAAGCCCAUCAACGCUAGCCUAGGCGUGACCAUCGACAACAUCGACUUCACCAGCUCAUUGCGAAUCUCCAACCUCCAGCGAGUGCACAACGGUACCUACACCUGCAUUGCCCAAAACGAUGCUGCAAUUGUGAAAUACCAGAGUCAGCUCAUUGUGAGAGUUCCACCAAGGUUCAAAGUUCAGCCUCAAGACCAGGAUGGCAUCUACGGAAAGUCAGUAAUCCUGAACUGCUCUGCGGAUGGUGAGCCACGCCCAACUAUUGAGUGGAAAUACUCUAAAGGUGCUGGGGUGCCCCAGUUUCAACCUAUAGCUCUAAACUCGGGUUUCAGGGUCCAGCUGCUCGGGAACGGCUCGUUGCUGAUUAAGCACGUUCUUGAGGAGGACGCAGGAUAUUACUUGUGCAAGGUCAGCAAUGACGUGGGAGCCGAUGUCAGCAAAUCCAUGUACCUCAACGUGAAAAUCCCAGCCAUGAUCACAUCAUAUCCCAACAACUCACUGGCCACUAAAGGAGAGAAGAUAGAGAUGAGUUGUAAGGCUCAUGGUGAGAAGCCCAUCAUGGUUCGAUGGGAGAAGGAAGUGGAGAAGGAGAAGCAGUCGCAUAUGAUCAAUCCAGACAUGUGGCGGCACACGGUUACUGUCAAGAAGGUCGGCGAUGAGGUCGUCUCCACCCUGCAGAUCUAUCCAACAUUGAGAGAGGAUUCCGGAUUCUUCUCCUGUCAUGCCAUCAACUCUUAUGGUGAAGACAGAGGCAUCCUUCAGCUAACAGUUCAAGAGCCUCCAGAGCCUCCGAAAGUGGAGAUUCGCGAGGUAAAGGAGAGAACCAUCGCCCUCCGCUGGACUAUGGGUUUUGACGGGAACAGCCCCAUCACUGGCUACGAUAUUGAGUGUAAAAAUAAAACAGAAACUUGGGAAAGAGCUCGCAGGACCAGAGAUGUUUCGCCCACCCUCAACCAGGCUACCAUCAUAGAACUCCACCCAUCCUCCACCUACAACAUCCGUAUUUUUGCUAAGAACCACAUUGGGGACAGCGAACCCAGCAACGAGCUCACCGUAACUACAGAUGAAGCAGAUCCCGAAGGGCCGCCUCAAGAUGUGACGUUGGAAGCCAUCUCCUCCCAAAGUAUCAAAGUUACAUGGAAGGCGCCAAUGAAACACCUCCAGAAUGGCAUGAUCAGGGGAUACCAGGUUUGCCACAGAGAACACUCCAUAAAUGGUAGUCACCAGUUCAUCUGCAUCAGUAUCGAGGCCACGGGGGAGACAGAGACCCUGAGCCUCAAUAACCUGAGGAAAUUCACAGAGUACGAGGUGGUGGCACAGGCCAGUAACAGCGCUGGUCCAGGACCCGCUUCUAGUGAGGUCCGUGCUACUACAAUGGAGGAUGUACCCAGCAGAGCUCCAGAGAAGGUUGUGGCCACUGCUUCCUCCCCUGAGAGCAUCUCUCUGUCCUGGCAGACUCCACCCAGGGAAGCCCUCAAUGGUGUUUUACAGGGCUUCCGUGUCAUCUACUGGGCCAAUUUACCAGACGGAGAACUGGGGGAAAUAAGAAACGUCACUACCCAGAAGACCCCACUGGAGUUGGAGGGUCUGGAGAAAUACACCAACUACAGUAUCCAGGUGCUGGCCUUCACCAGAGCAGGAGACGGAGUACGCAGUGACCAGAUCUACAUUCGCACCAAAGAGGAUGUGCCGGGUCCGCCUGGCGGGGUGAAGGCAGCUGCUGCUUCCAGCUCUGUAGUAUAUGUUUCCUGGCUCCCUCCAAUGAAACUCAAUGGCAUCAUUAGGAAAUACACAGUGUUCUGUUCCAGCUCAUAUCCCACGGUGGUUAGUGAGUUUGAAGUGGACCCAGAUGAAUUCCUGCACCGGGUGCACAAUCUUAUACGCAACAGGAAGUACAGUAUCUGGGUGAUUGCUGUUACUGCGGCCGGGCGUGGCAACAGCAGUGACAUCAUCACUGUUGAACCUCUGGCCAAAGCUCCUGCCAAGAUCCUCACAUUCAGUGGCACUGUCACAACACCAUGGAUGAGGGAUGUUGUUUUACCCUGCAGAGCGGUUGGAGACCCACCUCCUGCUAUCAAAUGGCUGAAGGAAAGCGGGAGCCCGGCCCCUGCGGUCAUUGAUGGAAGACGCAGUAUCCAUGGUAAUGGCAGCUUCGUCAUUAAGACUGUAAAAGCAGAGGAUUCUGGGUACUACACGUGUGUCGGCAGCAAUAACUGGGGAUCAGACGAAAUAACUUUGAACCUGCAAGUCCAAGUCCCCCCUGACCAGCCUCGACUCACUGUGACCAAGACAACCACCACAUCCAUUACCGUGUCCUGGAUACCAGGAGAUAAUGGUGGGAGCUCAAUCAGAGGAUAUAUUCUGCAAUACUCGGAAGACAACAGUGAGAAAUGGGGAAGUAUUUCCAUCAGUCCUAGCGAGCGUUCCUACCGCCUGGAGAACCUCAGUUGUGGCACCUGGUACAAGUUCACACUAACAGCCCAGAAUGCUGUCGGGCCGGGCCGAAUCAGUGAGAUAAUCGAAGCAAAGACGCAUGGGAAAGAGCCGCAGUUCUCCAAAGAGCAAGAGCUGUUUGCAAGCAUUAACACCACAUGCGUCAAACUCAACCUGAUUGGCUGGAAUGAUGGUGGCUGUCCAAUAACUUCCUUCACUUUGGAAUAUCGGCCGAUGGACAGCCCUGUGUGGACUAAGGCGAAGCGCACUUCUCUAACCAAGAGCUACAACCUGAUGGACCUCCAGGAAGCCACCUGGUAUGAGCUUCAGAUGAAGGUCUAUAACAGCGCCGGACUGGCUGAGAAACGUGUAAAAUUUUCCACUCUGAACUACGAUGGCAGCACCAUUCCUCCACUGGUGAAGACCGCAGUGAAGGACCCUGUGAAGAAAACCAGCAAUGAAGGGAUGAAGAUGAUGGUGACCAUCUCCUGCAUCCUGGUCGGAAUGGUGCUGCUCUUCAUCCUGCUCAUGGUGUUGAGGAGGAGGAGGAGAGAGCAAAGGCUGAAGAGGCUCAGGGAUGCAAAAAGUUUGGCUGAGAUGCUUAUGAGUAAAAACACAAGGCCUUCAGACACAAUGAAUAAACAACAGCAGACCCUCCGCAUGCACAUCGACAUUCCCCGAGCGCAGCUGCUCAUUGAAGAGAGAGACACCAUGGAAACAGUGGAUGACAGAUCAACAGUGCUGUUGACCGAUAACGAUUUUGGAGAAACUGCCAAACAGAAGUCAGCCACCGUCACGCACUCCGUCCACUAUCAGUCACUGUCCCAGGCCACUGGUCCUCUGGUGGACGUUUCUGAUGUACGACCUGGGACGAGUAAGAGCAGUCUCUCGAACCCUACAUCACGGCGUACAGCUAAAGCCGGUCCUGCAGCUCGCAAUCGCUACGCCAGUCAGUGGACACUGAACCGCCCCCACCCCCCUGUCUCCGCCCACACACUCAGCACGGAUUGGAGGCUGGGAACGCCCAGAGUGGCCGGCUCAGUGGACAAGGAGAGCGAUAGCUACAGCGUCAGUCCAUCCCAGGACACAGACCGCGCUCGCAGCAGCAUGGUCUCCACAGAGAGCGCGUCUUCUACGUACGAAGAGCUGGCCAGAGCCUACGAACAUGCCAAGAUGGAGGAACAUUUGCGACACGCCAAGUUCACCAUCACUGAGUGCUUCAUCUCAGACACGUCCUCUGAGCAGAUGACCGCUGGCACCAACGAUUACACGGACAGUCUGACCUCCAGUACACCAUCAGAAUCAGGCAUCUGCAGGUUCACUGCCUCACCGCCCAAACCCCAAGAUGUCUGCCGGGUCAUAAACAUGGCCGUACCCAAAGCCCACAGACCAGGAGGGGAGCUCGUACACCUGCCUCCAUACCUGCGAAUGGACUUCCUUUUGAACCGGGGUGUUUCCGGAGGGUCUCGGGAGGCGGCGAUGGGUCAGGCCUGUUUGGAGCCACAGAAGACCCGAUCGUUAAAGCGCCCUGCCCUGCUGGAGCCAACGCCCAUGGAGGUGCCAACCAGCAGGGACGUGCAGCAGUGGCAGCCAGGCACGGCCUCAACGCUCCCGCAGAGAGAGGCCGGAUCGGACUUGGCACAGGCUGCCAAAAUCAGCACUUCCCAGGAAUCAUUGCUGGACUCCAGAGGACACUUAAAACAGAACAACAAUCUGUACGCAAAGUCCUACACACUGGUAUAACAAAGAACGGACAGCUGCAAACAAAACAAAAAACUAGCAAAAUGUGAACUCUUCACGCACGGUUGUAUAUAUGUUUCCCUUGCCAUUCGGAAGGGCCACUUCUAACAGUUUUAUUUGAUGUUUUUUUAAACGGUGAAUUCACUUCUUCAGAAGGACUCCACACGAACAGAUUACCAAAAUGAUUUUAUUAUAUUAUUCUUAUUAUUAACGAUGAAUAUGAUCAUUUACUAAUUUAUUUAUUUAGCGGUAAGUGUGCACAAACUAAUGACUGAGAGCCCAUUAUGUUUUCGUUUUUAUUUUCUACUUGUGUAACUAGUUUGAGAUAACGAUGUGUGCAAGCGAGUGUGAUUACCACUGGUCCAAAGUUGUCACCGUUCUCUGACUGUUGAAAUCUGUUUCCUGGGAGUGCAUGGGGAUGAACCGAUUUAAAACAAAGAUGGCAGUAUGAAAACUGAGGUCCAGCCCAGAAUUUUUUCACCAGAAAAAUAAUAAAAUGUGAAGAUUUCGUAUUCUUAUGAGUAUAAAUAUAUAAAAAGAUAUAUAUAAAAUGAGAAAUCACUUUUAUUUGUGGGUAUUACAGGGAUUUUUGUUUUUAUAUGCUUAAUAAAGUCCUUUAGUCAUGUUUGCACAUAUCUUGUUUAACCUAGAAAAGUCUUGAUUAAUGAUUAUUUGUGUUCCAUUCUCUAAUGGUGCAAUAUGAAAAUCCGUAAAACACUUUUGCUUUCUACUGUACUGUAUCUCGCCCAUGACAUCAGAGAGCAUGAGCAAAUUAAAUGAUAAAAUCUCUUGUAAAACAGCUGUGGUACAAGUAAAGGUUGAUUUAGCAUGUUGGGAGAGAUUUGACCACCCGUAUGUAGUGCACUAGGAAGUGUCUUUAGUGCACGCUCUCUCUGUUGUCAUCACUAGAUUUAUUUUUGCUGCAUUGCAGUAAUGCUCCGCUACAGGGAAAACUGAGACAAUCUAAAGAGAUCCCCUAAAAAGAUAAGAAUUACAAUUAUGAUGAUACUAAUAAAUAACCAUGACCAGUUUUAUAGGAUUAUGGACUGUAUGGUAGCAAUAUGUUAUUGUUGCUGCUCUGCACCAAACUGUCUUGCAGGGAGAGUUAUGAUUAAAGAAUUCUGUGAGAUAAUAUUUCGCUAUAUUUGAUUAGAUAAUUCUAUUGUCCUCGCUAUACUCAUUUUAAAAUGUUUAUGUUUUCUCACCUUUUUGUUUGUUUUUUGUUUUUUUGGACAGGGUGCUCACGGUUGUGACACUCUAGAAAAGAUUUUCCAUGAUAAUCCUGUCGACUAAUAAAAGGUUG